AUGUAUCCUAUAUCAAAUAGCAAUAAUAAUAGAGUAAUUAAUGCUGCUCAACACAUGCAACAGACGCUUACUCAACAACAACAACUUCGACAACUUCAAUCAGUGCAACAAUUGCAAUCAAUUCAACCAACUCAAUCAAUACAACAAUCAGCUCAAUCAGCACAACCAAUACAUUCUGUUCAAGCUCCACCUUAUCGAAAUCAACAAAUAUUACGACAACCGCGUGUGGCACCAAUAAAUUUAAGAGCUUCACAACCUACUCAACCCAUUCAAUCCGUUGGGCCUAAUUCUUUAACACCUGCAUCACAUGAUCAACAACAACAGCAACAUCAUACUACUACUAUACAAUUGCCAUUACCUUCUGAAUUGGAACCACACCAGACAACUCAUUCUUGGACAAUUCGCGGUUUUCAAGAUUUGACUAAAUUGAUGCACGGUGAUGCUUUUAUAUAUAGUGAUAGAUUCAAAUCACCAAGAGAUUCUGAUUAUGUAUGGAGAAUGAAAGUGUAUCCAAAUAGAUAUCAGAAUGAAGUUUCUUUAUUUCUAGAAGCUAUUCAAACACCUUUUGAAAAAAAAAAUUGUUUUGUGAGAAGGAAUAACAUUGAAUUUCAUUUCUCCGUUUAUCAAUUAUUAAAAGAUUCUUCUUCCACCUUUUCUUCUUCUAAUGAUAAUAAUAACAUUGAUAACUGCUCUUCUUCCGCUUCUACUUCUUCCUUUUUAACAUCACCUUCAGUAUUAAAAGAUUCUUCAAAAGAGACUCCACGAUUGGUUUAUGUAUCUGAUAGAUUCAAAUGGAAUUUUGAUUUACAAGGUCAAUGCGGUUAUUGGGGAAUACACUCUAUUGGGACAUUUCAAGAUCUUUUUCAAAACCAUGUGAAUAAUGGUGUUGGUAGUGUUGGUCAGAAAAGAAUAAAGAUUGAAGAGGAUGUCAAUAUAUUUAUAAGAGUUCAUAUUCACACUUAUACUAAACCACAACUACAGGACUACUAUAGAGAUUUUGAUGCUAAUAGCAGCAAUAGUUUUAUUUUAGCAAUGGUGGAGUUUAUAUUCAAUGAACAAGAUAAUUAUGAUGUUGUUAAUAAGAAUAUUGAUUUUAUAAGUGAUAAUUCUAAUUCUUGUCCUACAUCAUCAUCUCCAUCAUCCCCUUCUUCAUCUUACACUUCCAGUCCAUCUAAUAUAAGAACAAUCAAAGCUCACAAAGUCUUACUUUCGCAACGAUCAGAAUAUUUUGAUAGCAUGUUCAAAAGUGGUUAUAAAGAAUCUACGAUGAAGAGAAUACCAAUUAAAAAAAUUUAUAUUAAUGCUGAUAUGAUGCGAUUAGAACAUCUAGCAAAAUUGACUUCUGAACGGUUAUCAUAUAUGAUAAAUCAUGAUACAUGGGAUCAACUGUUGAAGAUUACCUGGCGAUCAAAUAUCGCACCAGCUAGUAGAUUACAAUUGAAAAAGGUGAUUUUGGAGUAUGUAUAUAAGAAUUGGUCAUUUUUAAAGGCUACUGAGAGUAUGAAAAAUUUAAUUUCUACUUCGUCUAUUGAAAAUAUUGAAGAGUUGAUGGAAACUAAAAUGUUUGGUGUUUCUAAUUAA